AUGGCCAGCAGCGACGCGCAGGUGCCCCCGCCCUCGGGCUACAUCGGCUCCCUGACGCCGGAGGAGUCGGCCACGCUGGAUAAGCUGCGCAGCUGGCUGGUGGCCGACUACACCGGGUCGGCGCUCGCCCGGCCACCCAUCUCGGUGGUUGUCGAAGGAGUGACCAUCACCAAUGGCACCGUCGAGGAUGGGGGCCAGCUCUUCCGUGACUCGAUGGUCGAGAACUUCCUGGCCGAGGUGAAUGAUGACCGCGCCCUCCUUCGCUUUCUCCGCGCCCGGCGCUGGGUCCCGGAGAAGGCGUAUGAAUCCUUCAUCCAAGCCAUGGCCUGGCGUCGGUCCUUCGGCGUCCUGUCGCUGGACGACUCGUGGGGGUGCCGGCCAGCACGCCCUUUUUGA